GAGGCACAUCUUGAGAAAUCAUUAAUUCUAACAUUCUUUCUCGGUCAGCUUAUUUUAUUAUACGCUGAAACCGUUUUUUUUAAGGUUUUGCCACUUUAUCUUAUGUCUCCUCCAUCAACCCCAAUAAUGUCCAGCUGCAGAGCCUCGCACUACGACCUUUAUUUUGCAAGAAUACUACAUCCGCUGUGUUGAUGUUGUCAUGCUGGAGCUAAGCUAGUUGACGGCUAGCAUUGACAAACUCUGGAACAGUCGAGCAUUCGGGACCAUUGUCACUUAUUUAUUCAGUUUGUUGUCGUCAUUUUAAACCUUAAUCAUGAUGCAAUUCAUACUUGGCUUCACUCUGGGGAACGUGGUUGGCAUGUAUUUAGCUCAAAACUACGAGGUACCAAACAUUUCAAAGAAAAUCGAGGCCUUUAAGAAGGACGUGGAAGCCAAGAAGAAACCUCCAGAAUGAGGGACACAUCCUGAUGAAAACACAGAUAAUCAUUAUAUGGCCAAUGUUUAAGAGAGUGGAUCAUAUAUAUAGUAGGCCUACAUAUUGUUAAGUGCGAGGAAGAAAUGCACAGUAUAUUCCUAGUGUCAAAUAGUGCCUCAUAUCGUUUUAAAAAUGGACGUUUUUCAUUUUUAUUACAGUAUAUUUUCUCUAUUUCUUAAAGGGAUAUGUUUAAACCUGAUUGAUUUGCUGUUACAAGUUGGAAUAUUAUCCCUUAAUAUAUUUUGAGGGCCACUUAUAAUCUAAAGAAGCAGUCAAAGCAAAUCCAGCUUUCAAUGCAGUUUCUCUGUAUUUAUUGAGGAGCGACAUGUUUGCAGUGCAAAUUGUUGAAGAAAAUUAGAAACUGCUAUUACAAUGUUUUUCAAGACCAAUAAUUAAAGUGUUCAAUCAAAAGCUUCUUAAUGCUAACGUGUAUUAAAGUGAGCAUAUGCAAAUAAAGAUUUUAAGUUGUCAACUGUUUCUUAUUUUUCGUAAUAUUGUAUUCAUCUAUUUAUGUGUGUUCAGCAUAUGUACAAAUAUAUAAUGAAAUUAAGCUUUUUUCCACGGUUCAUGCUAAAUAUUUAGUAAAAUAUGUGUAUUUGUUGAUCUUGAUAUGAAGUGUCAAUAAUAACAUUAAGAAGCGGCUUGUUUGCGUGGUGUUAUAUACAUGGCACACGAAAGUGAACGGUAAGGUCUGUGUAGAUAGGUGUUGAAACCGUGACACUUGGGUUAUUGUUAGCUAUGCCUAGCACUUGUAAUAAGUUUUUUUAAUGUUUUAUUUUGUUUUACCUAUUGAGUUUUUGUACUUCUACACAAUUGUAUUAUGCAUUUCAUAUUUUUGUACACAUCU